AUGGAAGAAAUGCUUCACAAGACACAAGAAUGGUUGGACCGAAAACUGAGAGAAGCACCAUCUCCGGAAGUGACGCAGCGCAGAGCACAGCCGCUGGAUGCAUCUGCAUUGCUGCUUGAUUUGGACGCACAUGAGAAGAACAUUCGGGAGUUGGUCGAAUAUCAAGCUGCCGUGAACCGAUUGAAUGCCGAAGUACAACAGGAUCGACCAUUCAGUCGUCAGAACGAAUUUCGUUUCUCUGUGAAAGAAUUGAAGAACAAACUGGGCACCGUCGAGUCGCAGCUGAGCAAUGAACGGAAUCGUUUGGAUCAACUGAAAUCGUCCUCACAUGCAUUCGCUGAGCUGAUGCUCGAGGCCGUUUGGGUUCGAGAGAAACUAUUACAGCUAAAACGUUUGUCUCCACCCGGAACGAUUGGUGCAACUCAUCCCGCCCUUUUGGGUCAAAAAUUGUUGGGACUCCAGCAAUUGCGUCGUCAAAUUCGCAGUCAUUUGUUGGAGGCAGAGAACCGAAGACCUCGAAUGAAACGACUCUGUGAGGACGUGGAAAAAACUUAUUGCACGGAACGCUUCGCGCAAUUAGGGGUGAACACGAAGCAGUUUCAGGAUACUUUGUGCGAAAUCCGAGGCAGCUGGGCUACGGUUGACCUGGAAUUGGAGCGUUGGCGUCGAGAAACGGAGGUCGGUGAGAUGGUAUGUCAGUUUGCUCUGGACGCGGCAGAGAUUGAAGCGUGGAUUUCCGAGCAGGAGCUGUACAUGCUAGCUACGGACAGACCCAAGGACGAACAAGCGGCCACAAGCAGUUUGCGCAAACAUCGUGUACGCGCUGCAACCAUCGACCGUUGGUCAAAACAGAUCACUGCACUGCGUCAUCGCGGUCAGAAUUUGUGCAGCCACUUGGAGACGCUGUCCAGUUCACCGUCCAAACCGACCGAUGGCAGUCUGCGCAGUCACGUGCAGCUCAUUCAGACCUGCCUCAAUCGCAUUGACCAAGCUUCCAUCAGCCUGCACAGUCUAACCCGUGAAACCACAGCUAAACUGGAAGCAAAAGUGACCAAGUAUCGGUUACUGCGUGAAGUUGCUGACCUCGAGGCAUGGAUUGCAGAGAAGUCCAAAGUGGCUGUCAGUCAUGAGCUCGGAAACGAUUUGGAUCACUGUUCUGCUCUCCGAGACCGAUUUUCCAAUUUUAUCAAGCUGACCGUACCCGAUGGAUCGAAACGUCUGUCCACUGUCACUUCUCAAUGUGUGCGACUUAUCGGCCAGGGGCAUCCUGACGCAGCAGAUAUUGCCACGGCAAAGGACAAUGUGAAUGAGGCAUGGGCCGAUUUGUUGGAGUUAAUAGAGACCCGUAAACAAUUGCUCAAAGCCGCCUGGGAUAUGCAUCAUUUUGUCAAUGAUUGUCAGGACGUCGAGGAGAGGAUCACACAUAGAAUGGAAAACCUACCAACAGUGCCAUCUGAGGCUCAGAUUACUGGCAAAAAGCAAGGCCUUUCCGGAUGUCAUCGUAGUCAGGCUAGUUUAGAACAAGAACUGAACUGUUUGCGUGAGCAAGUGGAACGCUUGACAUCCACAACCAAACGUCUUUUACCCCGAUAUGCCGGUUCACAAGCAGAACAGUUGCAAGCUCGAAAUGACCGUGUACAGGCAAUUUGGCAGCGUUUGUGCGCGGUGGCCGACGGACGGACUGGGAUGCUAGACUCAGCCGCUCGAAUCCAUCGAUUCCUCGUUAGUGCGCGGGAACUGAUUAUGUGGCUCGAAGGGGCAAGAGAUCAAAUGGAAACCAAAGAACGUCCGCGAGACGUUCUGGGCGUGGAAUUCCUGAUCAAAGAACAUACCAGUCUGCACAGUGAAAUAGAGGCUCGCGCAAGCAGCGUAGAAUCUUGUCUGGACUUGGGUCGAGCUAUUCUGGCUGAACAUCCCGUGCUGAGCACGGAGACGGUACCUGCUCGCGAUCCAUUGGCCGGACCCCGGGCGGAGGUACGGGAGCGCUGCGUGCAGUUGGCCACUGGACAUUUGCUCGUCAAAGAACUAUGGCGCGAACGCUGGGACCGAUUGCAUUUAUUGCUCGAGGUGCGCCAGUUUGCCCGAGACGCCAAUUCAGCGGAAGUGUGGUUAGCAGGAAAGGAACUACAACUAGAGUCUGCGCGCAGACAGUUGGGCGAGUCCAUUUCAGAAACUCUGAUGCUACUUGGUGCUCAUUACGCAUUCCAACAAACUCUUGUUUCAGCGAAUGAACGCUUUAAUGCGUUGAAAAGAUUGACCACACUUGAAAUACGUGCAAUGGAAUGGAGUCCACAAGAAUCCACUUUACGUGAGCAGGAAAAGCGAGACAAAGUUCGCGAGGUGGUCCGUGAGUUUUUGCCCAGUUAUACGUCUGCAAAACCGGCGACAGCUAUGACCACAACCACAGUGCCUCCUGCCAGCCGCUCGCAAAAGUUGGCCUCGGUGGAUAUGAGAUCAAAGAAA